AUGUGCACCAGAGAGACACUUCAAACUGCCCAAUGCAACAACCACAUCAGGAGCCCCGUCAGGGUUGAGCCUCGCAGGAACUCCAUCCCUCAAACACAGUCUGUCUCUGCAAAACACCAGCAGGCACACCUGCCCAGACCGCAGACAGAAUCUGUCCAGUUCACUUCGUACACUAACAAGGUAACAUUUCAUUGUUUAUUCUUUUAAAUGUUUUGUUUAAAAGCUUUAAUGAAGAACUUUUGGUUUAUGGCAGUUUAGACUCCGCCUGUGGACAAAGUAACCACCUUUAUCUCUUUGUUGAUUUUGUCCUGUGAAUUUUAGGUUGUGUUUUCUGACUGAAAAAUAAUAAUAAAAAAAACAACCUAUAAUGGCAUAAAGAAACAUAAUUUUUUAUAUUUGCUUUUGUAGGUCACAAACAGCCAUCUCUACUAAUGCCAGUCUUUCAAAACCAGCUAAAACUCCCCACAACAACUUUGAGUUCUCACUGUCAAAAUAAGGCAGCUGUAGUGUGGUCCUCCCAGCAUCAACCCCCCGUCUUUAGCAAAGUUCACUGCCUCUCAGCUUACCAUCAACAGACCAAGUUUAUCCUUUUGAACAACAAACACAACGGGUCAAAAGGCAGCAUCAGUAGUAUACACAGAUAAAUUGCUUUGCCACUUGUGGGAGGAUUUAGAAACUGACUGCCUGCAGCGUAUAAUUGUUCCUGAUGUGGAGUUUGUACUUGAGCAUGCGUCUCCUUUCUUUUAGGCUGCUGCUAAACCCACUGAUGCUUCCAUUGUGUCCAUGAAGAGACCCUCUCUAAUCCACGACUCGUACAAUGCAAAUGGCUCAUCACUUCAACCAUCCCUGAGUGUCAACCAGUCUCCCCAAACUCCCACUUUACCAAAGCAAGAACCCAACCUACAGCAGCCAGUCCAAACAACCCUUGUAGAACUAGUAGGAGACACCUCAAAGUCUCUGCGUUCACAUCGCAACAGAGCCCUCAAACGUUUCAGCUCCAAGUGGCAGUCCAGAUGUUCCACUAGCAGCUGCAGCAACAUCCCCGCCUCUACAAAAGAUAAGCUGAAUGGAGCAAAGAGCCACAAGAAGCGCUGUAAGCUUCUGGGUGAUGACCCAUCAUUGCAGGUUGUUGCAAGCAAUCAGCGCCAACGUUAUGUCACCAAGGAUGGCAAGUGUCAGGUCAAUCUGGGGCCAAUUGCUGAGAAGAGUCGCUUCCUCUCAGAUAUUUUCACGACACUGGUGGAUCUGAAGUGUCGCUGGUUCCUCCUUGUCUUCACCAUGUGCUACAUUCUCACAUGGGUGGUCUUUGGUGGGAUCUACUUCUUCGGCGCCUGGCUGCGUGAUGACAUUGCACACGUUCACGACUUACAAUGGAAGGCCUGCUUCGAAAAUGUGGACAGUUUCCUCUCAGCUCUUCUGCUGUCCAUUGAAAGCCAGAGGACUAUUGGGUACGGCUCCAGGAUGGUGACGGCUAACUGCCCUGAAGGCACGGUGCUCCUCAUGAUCCAGUCCAUCCUUGGCUCCAUCAUCGAUGCCCUGAUGGUGGGCUGCAUGUUCGUUAAGAUAUCCCGGCCGCAGCAGAGAGCCCAGACCCUGAUCUUCAGCAAACACUGUGUCAUAUGUCAACGAGAUGAGAAGCUGUGCAUGUUAUUCCGCAUUGGUGAUCUGAGAGAGAGCCACAUGGUGGAUGCAAAGAUCAGAGCCAAGCUGAUCAAAUCUAGGCAGACGAAGGAAGGAGAGUUCAUCCCCCUGGAGCAGUCGGAGAUCAACCUGGGCUACGACACAGGUGGAGACAGGCUGCUCCUGGUGGAACCUCAAACCAUUACCCAUGUCAUCAAUAAGAGCAGCCCCUUCUGGGAGGUGGGGUGUGAGCGCCUGAAGAGGGAGACCUUCGAGAUCAUUGUCAUCCUGGAGGGCAUUGUGGAAGCAUCAGGUCAGUUAAAGUAUUUUUAAAACCUUUGCUUUCUUGUUAGUAAGGUCAAAUAUUUGUUUGAAUGGCUUUCACUUUCCUCAACCUUUUUAUGGUUUGUGUUGCAGGUAUGACAUGUCAGGCAAGGACGUCCUACACAGAAGAUGAGGUCCUCUGGGGUCACAGAUUUGAGUCAUGUAUUUCUUUGGAGAAAGGGGCGUUUCGUGUAGACUACAGUGCUUUUAACAAAACCUUUGAAGUCCAGAUGUCUCCACUCAGUGCAAAAGAUAGAAGCAAAGCAGCGACACAACAAGAAAUAGAUUUUUAGACACAGCUAUACUAACACCUCUCAAUAUUGUACACUGACAUGAAUUUAAAAGUUAAAGUGAGUACUAUAUUUCUGUAUUAUACUGUAU